AUGACUCCAUUCUACCUUAUCGACGACCACUGCAACGAAAGCAAAUUCCAGAAAUGGGUGGCCGACCAAAUCGAAAAUGACUCUUUAAACUACAGUUCCCACGACACCCACACAUACUGGUUGAACGGAAAGAACUGGAAGUUGACCACCAUUGAAUUGCGUGAACUUCCACUAAUUGACGACAAUUCUGCAAUUGAAAAAGCCAGACAGGCAGAAGGAACCAUGGAUUUGGGACAAGGCCCGAACUUGGAGGAUGGAAAAAUCCGGGUCCUUUAUUCGACCCUUCGUUUCAAGCAGCUUCUCAUGGAACCUUGUCCAGAUAAAUAUGAGAACACCAAUGUGUGGGAAAUGAAGUGUCUUCAUACGGUGGACGAAAGGGUUCCUCUUGAAUUCGGCGUAACAAAGCCAAAAGAUGGUUAUGUGCUUUGGCUGGAACCAUAUGGUGAAGAUACUGAGCCUGUGUUUCUAAAAGUAGCAGCCGAGUACUACACCCCAAAUGAGUUCCGCUCUUCAAGUAACGCCAAUGUUGUUUCAGCCGGUGCAUCGCUAUCCACCUUUCUUAAUGUUCGAUUAAAACAGAGCAAUGCCUUUUUGUGCCGUUGCCAGGGAAAAGUUUCAAUCACCAACGUGGUUGUCAAAUUGCAUGAGACCACAAGGUGUAUUGUACCACACAAUGGAGGUUUUGGGAUUCAGGAGGAUACUCGAUCAGCGACGCUAAAAGACACCAAAAUCACAAACUGUUGUUUGGACCAUUCGACCUUUACCAAUAAGGGAGCCUCGUUUUUCAAGUACAUGGAUUUGGACCACUACAACUGCAACCUUCCAAACCUCGGACCAACGUUUCAUUCGCAAAACUGCUCCAGAACAUAUACUCUCGAGAUUCAGGUCACAUUCAGAUGCAAUUCUGAAAAACGCUGCUCGCUGACUUCUGCACUGAAAAUCGAUCUUGAUGUUGCACUCAAGGACCACAAUACCGACUUGAAAGCGCUAGAACAGGUUCAAAAAAGGCAGGACUACCUUUCAGUGAAAGUUUUAAAAUUAUCCUCAAACAUCAUGAAUGACGUUGCAGGCAUCAUGGCAAGGCAGCUUCAAAGCAUGGAAUCCUGGUGCUUGGGGUACCAUGCAUGCACCAUAGCCAUGGGAGAAUAUGCUCUAGUCGUUACUACAAUUUUUCUUCCGGAUAAACUCAAAAAGCAACUUUUCAACGGAUCCUGGCCCUGCAAGCAAGUGGCAUUUUCUAACGAGCCUCGUCUAGUGCUCUCAAAUGGCGAAUGGAGAUUUGAGGGACCAGUCCAAGGAAACAUUGACCAGUUGAUUCUGUCGCCGUUUUUGGCAAUUUCAAGAGUUACCAAGCUCGGUUGUGGAAUUUCUAUGGGGGCGUACUGGCCGUCAUGUACAAGAAUUCCGGAUGGACGAGCCGUUCCUGGAGAAGAUCUCUACAACUUGAUCGAGGUCUAUAUUAACGGAACCAGAUUAACUAAAUCCAUCACUUUGGAGACAAUCAAAGUCGAUCUUAUUCAGCACACAACACAAAGGACUGCCAACGGAUCCCAGGCUCAAAAGAAGAAGACCUUCAGUUUAUGCAAAAAACACAUCAACAUUCAUAGGGUUUUGCAAUGGAAGCUGGAGCUGGACAUGUCAUUGGGGAAAUUCUGGAGACUCGACAACAAUUUGCUCAAUUGCAAAAUCCCCAAUGUUCCUCCUUCGUUGCUAUCCAGUUCUGUCCAUCGAACCUACAGCGUGAAAAUCCGUAUCCUGUUUUAUGGUUUGCGUCCCGACAAAUAUCACUUGACACGUUAUGUGGAGCUUCCUAUCAACCAGAAGGAGAAAUGA